AUGGUUCCGUCGAUGCGGACGAUAGAAGACCGGUUAGCCGUCAUUGUUGAUCCGACGACUGCACCGACGCUUCGAGCAUCUCUCGCGGUUUCAGAAGUGGCGUUUUUGCGAUGCAUGAUCUCGUGCAGCAGAUUCGACGGACAGCUACGGGAAUCGCCUCUUUCUCGGACUUACGUCGACCAACUCCGCAUCUGCCAGAUAUAUCUCGAUACUCUUUCUCCAUCCAACACCAAUGGUGAUCUCCUCGGCAACCUAGAGCCUUCACUGUUUGCGGAGAGAGACGUCGAUCGGAGUGGACGUUGA